CUCAGGCAGUCAGACUAUAUCGGACACGCACACAAUCGUCGCAAAACCUGGUCCGAAAAGUCGCCGUGCGCAUCAUCGCAUGAUCACUCCCCAUCUCUUCCUCCUUCUCUUCAUCAUUUGGCGUGUAACUGUUUUCUCCGACCGGGCAUCACAAGCUUCGUGAAGCAUCUGAUUACGCGUGUAAAUGUCACUGCCUGUGUUGUCAAUUAUUGGUGAAAGUUUGCUCUUUUAUUGAAAUGCAUUCAACGGGGAAGAUAAAUGUAUUAGCUUUUAUCAGAUUACUGUCCACUACUUCAACCUUGGUAAGGAAUAACUUAUCUGCCACCAUCACCACCAAGUGUUCGACGUUAUGCCUGAACGAAUCCGAAGAACGCAUUGACGCUUCUGAUCAAAGGGUUUUAUCUUCUAGGAGAGUAGUUGAUGGUAUUAAAGUGAGUCCUUUGGAAGUUCUACGAAAAUGGGGUUGUAACGACGAUGAGAUCUCAAAGCUUUUCACUAGUAGACCAGCGUUGCAGAGAGCCAAUGUCUCUCAGCUAGAGUUCAAACUCAGCCUUCUUACUCCGUUGGGGAUCACAUCGUCCGACCUUGUGAAGAUCGUUACUUGCCGUCCCAAGUUCUUCAGCUCUCGCAUUCACCUCGUCCUCGAUGAAAGAAUCAACUACUUCAUCGAGGUUUUGGGGUCAAAAGAGGUGUUGCGGAGAGCCAUUAUUCGGAACCCUUCUCUCAUGCUGUAUGACCUCGAUGAAAAGAUCAAACCCGCCAUAGAUUUCUACAAAGGGUUGGGGUUUAGCCAGCAGGAUCUUGUUGCCAUGUUGAUGUCUCGCCCCACUGUGAUUCCGAGAACAAGCUUCAACAAAGGAAAGCUUGAGUACAUCCAUAAAACUGGGGUCACCAGAGACUCCAAGAUGUUUAAGUACGUUGCAGCCAUCAUCGGGGUUACGAGGAUGGAGACUAUCCAAGAGAAAGUUGCAAACCUGGAGAAGUUUGGGUUAUCAGAAGAAGAGAUUUGGGGUCUGUGUGGGAGAUGCCCAAUCCUUCUCACUUUGUCAGUUGAGAAAGUUCAGAGAAACAUGACUUUCGUCUUAGCAACGAUGAAACUUGAGGCUCGUUCCGUGCUUAAGCACCCUUUCUUGCUUCUGGCCAACCUCGAGACUCAGAUAAGGCCUCGUGUGGAUGUAGUGAAGAGAGUCUUUGAAAUGGGUAUGAAGCCGCUGGUGGAAGAUGUGAGCAUUGCCACGGCGCUGAGGAUGAGCGAGAAACGGUUCUUGAAGGUUUAUGUAAUGUGUCAUCAAGAAGAUGUUGCAGGGGAGUUGAUGGAGUUUUAUGAGAAGGCCAAAAACGUGAAACGUUUGGCUGUGGAAUCCAAGAAGUAUGUUCGUAAAGGGUUCCCCUUCUGAAUCUCUUUUCUGUUUGCUUAAAAAUGUAACAUUGUGUAGCUUUCUGAGUUUGGGCAAAAAUACAACAAAGCUUUUUGGAUUUCAAAACCAUUAUAUUCAUAGUGUUCUUCGUGGUU